UCUGCUGCAGCUUUUUAUCUACCACAAGUAAGUUAAUCUGAAUUCUACAUAUACAUACUACGAUUAAGUAUGUACUUCUUUGUUUUGGGCGACAGAUUAAUGAUCAUUUGCCUGCGGUUUAUCUGUGCAAGUGAGUUCAUUUGCUCAGGUGCUUGACACAACUGCGAUGCUCAGUGUUGUUCCCCCAAGAUACAAGUGGACUGGUGGAGAGAUUGGUUUCUCCACAGCUAUUGGCAAGCAAGAUACAAGAGCCUUCCAUUCAUGAACUUGUUAGAGAACGACUCUGAUGCUGAGGCAAGCCACGAAAUUAUGGCUAUGAACUAUGCAGUUGGCAACUGAUCCUACUUGAUAGUAUGGUAAAUAAUGUGAACAAAUCUCAUCCACUUCGAUGUAUUAAACUACUUUUGUGGUUAUCACUUACAAGUUAUGUCAAACUAGCAAAUAUCCAGCUCAACUGCCGACUCUCCUUUGCCAGCAGGUUGAGGUGGCUGUAGUGUUGGUGCUUAAAAAUGGAGAAUUCCGGAGCGGUGGAGGGAAUCGAAUACUGGCUGCAGUGGCAGGUACUGCUUUGCGCCUUCGCCUUUAUCGCCAUGGCUUACUUGCUCUACGAGACUGUUGCUGCCUUCGGAUUCUUCGUCUUCUUUUUCUACACUCAGUGGACGUUUGCACUGGUGGUAGUAUACUUUGCGAUUGCUACUGUGGUCUCGAUUCGGGGAUGUAGGAGGAAACCCAUUCAGACUGGGGAGAAGGAUAAUUUACUGAAAAAAGGACACGGAAGAGAAGCUUGGAUUUCUAGAAAAUCUACUGCAAAUCAUCUAUCAAUUCAUUAUUGUGAUUGAGUUUAUCAUCUUGGCGGAUCAAGUAGAUGGGAGUCGAUGAGCUAUGAGGACUACUACAAACGAGAAGGCUGAAGCAGAGAACGUCGUUUCAAAUGUCUAGCAAGUUGCGCGCAUUUGUAAUAUUUUUUAAUUAAACAUCUAGCUAAAUAGAAUAUAUGUGAAGUUUUCAUUAUAUUUGGAUGAUAAUGUAUGAAUAUUUUGGAUGAUAUAUAAUAUUGUUAUUGUUGAUUUUA